UGAAGAAAGAGUCCUCAGAGCCUCUCCUGCGAGGCACCAACCCAACCCCAAGGGUGGAGCUGGAGUUCUGGAAGAGCAGGUGUGCUGACCUGGAAGGCAUUCACAGCCAGCUGACAUCCAGGAGGGUCAGGAACAUGGUGGAGGUGCUGGAGAGAGCACAGAGCAUCUUCGUGCCAGCCUUCCAAAACAUGCUGAUGGAUGUUGAGGCAGCUCUGAGCGAGGCUCAGGACAUUGACCUGCACCUGGCCCCACUCCAGCAGCCCCUGGAGGACAUAGAGGCUGUUGAGUUCAGCAAGGUGAAGCCUCUCCUGGUCCCUCUGCUGCACGUGGUGUGCUGGAUCUGGGUCACCUCCAAGCACUACAGCGUGCCCCUGCGGGUCGUGGUGCUGCUCCAGGAAAUCUGCAACCUUCUCAUUCAGCAGGCUGUGGUGUACCUGUGUCCAGAAGACCUUCUGAGAGGAGAGAUGGAAGAGAGCCUGGGCAAGGUGCAAACAGUGUUUGACAUCCUGAACACCUUCAAAGGGGCAUUUGAGGAGAGAAGGGAAAACCUGCACGUGUAUUAUGAGCCAGGCCAGGAAGUGAGGGAGUGGGACUUCCACAGCAGACUGGUGUUUGCAAGGCUAGACAGCUUCCUGCAGAGGCUGGAGAUGGUCAAGGGUCUCCUGAGCACGGCCCUGGACCUGACACAGCUGGAGAAGAUUGAGUUUGGGGGGAUGAAAGGGAAGGCCCUGGGCCAGCAGGUGCUGGACAUGUAUGAGGAGUUCCAGGAGAGCUACCAGGUGUUCUCAGAGCGAACCUACGACUGCCUGGACCUGGCCAACGUGGAGUUUGUGCAGGAUGCCUUGGACUUCCAGCAGAAGGUGGAGGACAUUGACCGUCGGCUGGGCACUGUGUUCAGCCGGGCCUUCAGCGAUGCCCCGGACAUGGAGCACAUCUUCAAGCUGCUGGCCAUGUUCCGGAACCUUCUGGAGCGCCCUGCGAUGGCUGCAGUGGCUGCUGACAAGGUCCCUGUCCUCCUCAGCAUGUUCAGCACUGCCCUGGAGCAGGCCAGGCUCACCUACACCAGGCACACCCAGGCAGGGCUGCAGCUCGGCUUUCCCCCCCUGCACAAGAACGUCCCUCCCGUGGCCGGAGCGCUGGGCUGGGCGCAGGAGCUGCGGGCUCGGAUCCAGCGGCCCCUGGAGCACUUCAGGCACAUCCCAGGGCUGAACUUGGACUCUGCCCGUGGAAGGAGGGUGCUGCAGAAAUAUGAAGAAAUGAUCCAGCUGCUCGACAGGUAUCAGGAAAAGCUGUAUUUAGACUGGUCCCAGACAGUCUCAGAAGAAUCCCAGUACAACCUCACUCAGCCUCUCAUCCGGCGAGAUCCACAGACCAAGCUGAUCUCGGUCAAUUUUGAUCCCCAGCUGGUGUCGGUGCUGAGGGAGGUGAGCUACCUGAGGGGCAGCGGGGCAGGAGCCAUCCCCCCCGCAGCAGCCGAGAUCUAUUCCUGCAAGGAAUCCUUCCAGCAGCUGGUGGCCAGCCUGGAGCUGAUGGGGAACACGUACAACAAGGUCCUGAGAACGGUGCUGGAGGUGGAAUAUCCUCUGCUGCAGGGGAGGCUGCAGGACAUCGACUCGAAGCUGAGAGAGGCAGAGGAAACACUGACCUGGAAGACAGAGGGUGUCUGGGAUCACCUCUCUGGGGUGAUGGGCGAUGUCUGUGACCUGGAGCAGAGGCUGCAGAAAGCCAAGGACAACGUUGAGGAGAUCCAGAGCAUCGUGCACUUGUGGCAGUCGCCCAUAUUUGAGAGGAGGGAUCCCAAAAAGGAGUCAGUGCUGAGCCUGGAGGAGUGCCAGGAGCGCCUGGAACGGCGCUACAGCCUCGUCAGGGAGGCUGGGCAGAGGAUCCACUCCCUGGUGAAGGAAAACCAGAGCCUCCUACUUGCAGAGCCAGCAUCUGAUGCCUGGAAGGUGUAUUUGGAUUAUGUGGAUGAGAUAGUCCUGGAUGGAUUCUUCACUGCCAUUGAGUGCUCACUCAAGUACCUCCUGGAGAACACAGAUCCCAAGGCAGGGCUCACUCCCCUGUUUGAGGUGCAGCUGGAUUUGGUGAUCCCAGAUUUGGUGUUUCACCCUCCCUUGGACCCUGGUGCCAAUGAUGGCUUCUGUGACAAGGUGGAAAGUCUUCUACAGGGCAUCUACCACAUCUCCUCGCUGGUGCCACGGCUGGCCACGCACAGCGGCUUCUGCCACUACCAGGCUGACCUGGAGGACAUGCCUGACCUGUCUGCGGCGCGCCAGGAGCUGCUGGGCCGCGCUCAGGGCGCGGUGGCCGCGUGUCGCGAGCAUGGCGCGGGGCUGGAGCGCUACUCGCAGCUGUACGGCGAGGACAGGAGGGAGCUGUGCCGCCAGCUCCUGCUCCACGGCCGCGUCCUCACGCCCGCCCACCUGGAGGCCCACGGCGAGGCCGGGGUCCCCGCGGCGCCGCCGGAGCUGCAGCGGUUCAGGGAGCAGAUCGACUCGUACGAGCGGCUCUACGAGGAGGUGGCUGGCAUGCAGCCCGUCUGCUCCUUCCAGGGCUGGCUGAGGCUCGAUGCACGGCCCUUCAAGGCAGCCUUGCUCAAUGAGAUUAAAAGGUGGAGCUUGGUGUUCAAGCAGCACCUCCUGGACCACGUCACACGCAGCUUGGCUGAGCUGGACGAGUUCAUCCGAACUGCCGAGAAAGGUUUGAGCAGAAAGGUGGAGAAAGGUGACUAUGGUGGCUUGGUGGAGGUCAUGGGUCACCUGCUGGCUGUGAAGGAACGUCACAGUGCCACUGAUGCCAUGUUUGAGCCCCUGAAGGAAACCAUUGAGCUGCUGAGGGCCUACGAGCAGCAGCUGCCCGAGGAAGUCCACCAGCAGCUGGAGGAGCUGCCGGAGAAGUGGAGCCAGGUGAAGAAGCUGGCUGAGGCCGUGAAGCAGCAGGUGGCCCCUCUGCAGGCCAGCGAGGUGACAGCGCUGCGCCAGAGCUGUGCCAGCUUCGACACCCAGCAGCUGCGGCUCCGCGAGCGCUUCGGGAGGGAGGCUCCCUUCAGGUUUGACACCGAAAAGCCUUAUCAACUGCUGGAUGCAAAGCACAUGGAGAUUAAACAGAUGGAGUCAGCCAUGACCUCAAUUUAUGAAUCAGCUGGUCUGUUUGAAGUCAUGGUGCCAGAGUACAAACAACUGAAGCAGUGCAGGAAGGAGCUGUGUCUUCUCAAAGAGCUCUGGGACAUGAUCUCCCUGGUGAACACCAGCCUCCAUGACUGGCAGACCACCAAGUGGGUGGAUAUCAAUGUGGAGAACAUGGACCUGGAGUGCAAAAAGUUUGCCAGAGAGAUUCGGAACUUGGAUAAGGAAAUGAGGGCGUGGGACGCUUUCAGCAGGCUGGACAGCAAGGUGAAGAACAUGCUGACAGCCCUGAAGGCUGUGGCAGAGCUUCAAAACCCUGCCAUCAGGGAAAGGCACUGGAACCAGCUGAUGCAGGUGACGGGCGUGAGGUUUGUGAUGGACUCGGACACCACCCUGGCUGACCUCCUCAAGCUCAACCUGCACGAAUUUGAGGGGGAGGUCCACGGCAUUGUGGACAAAGCAGUGCGAGAAAUGAGCACGGAGAAGGUGCUGAGGGAGCUGAGGGUGACUUGGAGCUCCAGGGAGUUUCAGUAUGAGCCUCACCCCCGCACCAACAUCCCCCUGCUGAAGUCAGAUGAGGAGCUCAUUGAAACUCUAGAAGACAACCAGGUGCAGCUGCAGAAUUUAAUGUCAUCCAAAUACAUUGCUUUCUUCCUGGAGGAGGUGUCUGCCUGGCAGAGGAAGCUCUCCACCGCUGACUCCGUCAUCUCCCUCUGGUUCGAGGUGCAGCGCACGUGGUCUCACCUGGAGAGCAUUUUCAUAGGCUCAGAGGACAUCAGGGCACAGCUGCCCCAGGACUCCAAACGUUUUGAAGGCAUUGAUGUGGAUUUUAAAGAACUGGCCUAUGAAGUUCAGAAAACCCCAAACGUGGUUGAAGCCACCAAUAAACCAGGUCUGUCCCAACAGCUGGAGGACAUCCAGAGGAGGUUGUCUCUGUGUGAGAAGGCUUUGGCUGAAUAUUUGGACAUGAAAAGGUUGGCCUUUCCCAGAUUUUACUUCAUUUCUUCUGCAGAUUUACUGGAUAUUCUUUCCAACGGCACCAACCCUCAUCUGGUGCAGCAUCACCUCUGUAAACUCUUUGACAACUUGGCCAAGCUGAAAUUCCAGGUGGACUCUGAGCAGAAGAGCACCAAGGUUGGCCUGGGAAUGUACAGCAGAGAGGAGGAAUAUGUCCAGUUUAGUGAACCCUGUGACUGCAGUGGGCAGGUCGAGGUGUGGCUGAGUCGCCUGCUGGACACAAUGAGAGCCACGGUGAGGGAUGAGAUGAGCGCGGCUGUGGCGGCGUACGAGGACAAGCCGAGGGACCAGUGGCUCUUUGACCACCCUGCCCAGAUCUGGUGGACAGCUGAGGUGGGCAUGGCCUUCUCCAGGAUGAAGGAAGGCUACGAGAAGGCCAUGAAGGAGUACCACAAGAAGCAGGUGGCCCAGCUGAACACGCUGGUGACGAUGCUGCUGGGGCAGCUCUCCAAGGGGGACAGGCAGAAGAUCAUGACCAUCUGCACCAUCGACGUGCAUGCACGAGACGUGGUGGCAAAGAUGAUAGCACAGAAGGUGGGCAGUGCCCAGGCCUUCCUGUGGCUGUCCCAGCUGCGGCACCGCUGGGCGGACGAGGAGCGGCACUGCUGGGCCAACAUCUGCGACGCUCAGUUCCUCUACUGCUACGAGUACCUGGGCAACACCCCACGGCUCGUCAUCACCCCCCUGACCGACAGGUGUUACAUCACCCUGACCCAGUCUCUGCACCUGACCAUGAGCGGGGCCCCCGCAGGCCCCGCUGGCACCGGCAAGACAGAGACCACCAAGGACUUGGGCCGUGCCCUGGGCACCAUGGUGUACGUGUUCAACUGCUCCGAGCAGAUGGACUACAAGUCUUGUGGGAAUAUUUACAAAGGCCUUUCCCAGACAGGAGCCUGGGGCUGUUUUGAUGAAUUUAACAGGAUCUCAGUUGAGGUUCUUUCUGUGGUUGCUGUACAGGUGAAGAGUGUGCAGGAUGCAAUCCGGGAGAAGAAGAAAUCCUUCAAUUUUCUUGGAGAAGACAUUAACUUAGUCCCCUCAGUGGGGAUUUUCAUCACCAUGAACCCUGGUUAUGCAGGACGAACCGAGCUACCUGAGAAUUUGAAAGCUCUCUUCAGGCCCUGUGCCAUGGUGGUGCCAGACUUUGAGCUCAUCUGUGAGAUUAUGCUGGUGGCCGAGGGCUUCCUCGAGGCCCGGGCCUUGGCCAGGAAGUUCAUCACACUCUACCAACUCUGCAAGGAGCUCCUGUCCAAGCAGGACCACUAUGACUGGGGUCUGCGGGCCAUCAAGUCAGUGCUGGUGGUGGCCGGCUCGCUGAAGCGCGCAGACCCCGAGCGGCCCGAGGAGCAGGUCCUGAUGCGCUCCCUCCGGGACUUUAACAUCCCCAAGAUCGUGGCAGACGAUGUGCCAGUGUUCAUGGGGCUGAUUGGGGACCUGUUCCCUGCGCUGGAUGUGCCUCGGAAGCACGACCUGGAUUUCGAGGCCGUGGUGAAGGAGGCUGUGCUGGAGCUGCGGCUGCAGCCUGAGGAAAACUUUGUGCUCAAAGUGGUGCAGCUGGAGGAGCUGCUGAGUGUGAGGCACUCUGUGUUCCUGGUGGGUGCUGCAGGCACAGGCAAGUCUCAGGUGCUGAGGUCCCUGCACAGAACCUACCAGAGGCUGAAGCGCCGUCCUGUCUGGACAGACCUCAACCCCAAAGCGGUCACCAACGAUGAGCUAUUCGGCAUCAUCAACCCAGCAACACGAGAGUGGAAGGAUGGACUGUUUUCAUCAAUCAUGAGAGAGCUGGCCAACAUCUCACAUGAUGGUCCCAAGUGGAUGGUACUAGAUGGAGAUAUUGAUCCAAUGUGGAUUGAAUCUCUUAACACUGUGAUGGAUGAUAAUAAGGUGCUGACCCUGGCCAGCAACGAGAGGAUCCCUCUGAACCCCACCAUGAGGCUGCUGUUUGAGAUCAGCCACCUGCGCACGGCCACCCCGGCCACCGUGUCCCGGGCAGGGAUCCUGUACCUCAACCCCUCGGAUCUGGGCUGGAAUCCCCCCGUGAGCAGCUGGAUUGACGGGCGGGAGGUGCAGUCUGAGAGAGCCAACCUGACCAUUCUGUUUGACAAGUACCUGCCCGUGUGCCUGGACACCCUGAGAGCCAGAUUUAAGAAGAUUAUUCCCAUUCCUGAGCAGAGCAUGGUUCAGAUGCUGUGUUACCUCCUGGAAUGCCUCCUGACAGAGGACAACACACCUCCUGACUGUCCCAAGGAGCUUUAUGAACUUUACUUUGUCUUUGCUGCUGUCUGGGCCUUCGGUGGGUCCAUGUUCCAGGACCAGCUCGUGGACUACAGAGUGGAGUUCAGCAAGUGGUGGGUGACAGAAUUCAAGACGAUCAAGUUUCCCUCUCAGGGCACAGUCUUUGACUUUUAUGUUGACCCAGAAACAAAGAAGUUUGAGCCUUGGUCUAAACUUCUUCCCCAGUUUGAAUUUGAUCCAGAGGUGCCACUGCAGGCCUGCCUGGUGCCCACGGCAGAGACGAUUCGCCUGCGGUUCCUGGUGGCCCGGCUGCUGCAGCGCCGGCGCCCCGUGCUGCUGGUGGGCACUGCUGGCACCGGCAAGUCCGUGCUGCUGGGGGACACGCUCUGCUCGCUGGACACAGACCUCUUCCUCGUCAAGAAGGUCCCCUUCAACUACUACACCACCUCUGCCAUGCUGCAAGGAGUGCUGGAGAAGCCUCUGGAGAAAAAGGCUGGCAGGAAUUACGGCCCUCCAGGCACCAAGAGGCUGGUGUACUUCAUGGACGACCUGAACAUGCCCGAGGUGGACGCGUACGGCACCGUGCAGCCCCACACCCUGCUCAGGCAGCACCUGGACUAUGGCCACUGGUACGACAGGAGCAGGCUGUCCCUGAAGGAGAUCAGCAAUGUGCAGUACGUGUCCUGCAUGAACCCCACUGCAGGGAGCUUCACCAUCAACCCCCGGCUCCAGCGUCACUUCUGUGUCUUCGCUCUCUCCAACCCUGAUCAGGAUGCCUUGUCCAGGAUCUACAGCACCAUCUUAGUGCAGCACCUGGCCACUGGGAAUUUCUCAGAGGCUGUGCAAAAAUCAGCCCAGCAGCUCAUUGCCCUGGCCCUGGGACUGCAUCGGAGGGUGGCUGCCACUUUCCUGCCCACAGCUGUCAAGUUCCACUACGUUUUCAACCUCAGAGACUUCUCCAAUAUCUUCCAAGGCCUCCUGUUCUCUACCCCUGAAUGUCUGAAGCAGCCCCAGGACCUGGUGAAGCUCUACCUGCACGAGUCAAGCAGGGUGUACCGUGACAGGAUGGCUGAAGAAAUGGAUUGUGACACUUUUGAUAAAAUCCAGCGGGAGAUGGUGAAGAAAUGCUACGAUGACAUUGAAGACACUUUAGAGCAGGUUAAACACAUGAAUAUUUAUUGCCAUUUUGCCAAAGGCCUUGGGGAACCUGGCUAUAGGUCAGUUCCAAGCUGGGAGGAGCUGAACCAGAUCCUCGUGGAAGCCUUGGACAGCUACAAUGACGUCAACGCUGCCAUGAACCUGGUACUGUUUGAGGAUGCCAUGUGCCACGUCUGCCGCAUCAACCGCGUCCUGGAGGCGCCGCGGGGCAACGCGCUGCUGGUCGGCGUGGGAGGCAGCGGCAAGCAGAGCCUGACCCGCCUGGCAGCCUUCCUCAGCUCCCUGGAAGUCUUCCAGAUCACUCUGAGGAAAGGCUACGGUGUCCCUGACCUCAAGGCAGACCUGGCAAACCUGUACCUGAAGGCUGGGCUGAAGAGCGUGGGCUCCGUGUUCCUGCUGAGCGACGCGCAGCUGCCGGACGAGCAGUUCCUGGUGCUGGUCAACGACUUCUUGGCAUCAGGGGAAAUCCCAGAUCUCUUCCCUGAUGAUGAAGUGGAAAACAUCAUCAGCAGUGUGAGGAAUGAAGUCAGAGGCCAGGGCCUGCUGGAUUCCAGGGAGAAUUGCUGGAGGUUUUUCAUCGAGCGAGUUCGCCGGCAGCUCAAGGUGAGGUGGAGCACGAGGGGCUGCCAGAAAAACAAAAUUCCAGAGCCCCAGGGGCUCCAUCCUAUCUUGGAUUCAGUCAAGGAUUCAAUAAGCAAAUUCAUGGCCCACGUCCACAUCAGUGUCAACGAGAUGUCCCGGCUGUACCUCAGCAAUGAGCGCCGCUACAACUACACCACCCCCAAGUCCUUCCUGGAGCAAAUCAAACUCUACCAGAACCUGCUGCUGAAAAAGGACAGGGAUUUAAAGGUGAAAAUGGAGCGGCUGGAGAAUGGCCUGGAGAAGCUCAAGAGCACUUCUGCACAGGUGGAUGAGCUGAAGGCCAAGCUGGCAGCCCAAGAGGUGGAGCUGAAGCAGAAGAACGAGGAUGCUGACAAGCUGAUCCAGGUGGUGGGGGUGGAGACGGAGAAGGUGAGCAGGAAGAAGGCGGUGGCUGAUGAGGAGGAGAAGAAGGUGGCCCUCAUCACCCAGGAGGUCGAGCAGAAGCAGAAGGACUGUGAGGAGGACCUGGCCAAGGCUGAGCCUGCCCUGGCAGCUGCCCAGGCUGCUCUCAACACCCUCAACAAGACCAAUCUGACGGAGCUGAGGUCCUUUGGGUCACCUCCUUCUGCUGUCACCAACGUCACCGCGGCCGUGAUGGUGCUGACGGCCCCGGGAGGGAAGAUCCCCAAGGACAGGAGCUGGAAAGCAGCCAAAGUGGCCAUGGCAAGGGUAGACAGCUUCCUGGACUCCUUGAUCAAAUUCAACAAGGAGAACAUCCACGAGAACUGCCUCAAAGCCCUCCAGCCCUAUUUGCAAGACCCCAAGUUCAACCCCGAGUUCGUGGCCACCAAGUCCUCGGCGGCGGCCGGGCUGUGCUCGUGGGUGCUGAACAUCGUGCGCUUCCACCGCGUGUUCUGCGAGGUGCAGCCCAAGAGGCAGGCCCUGGACAGGGCCAACGCUGAGCUGGCAGCAGCCCAGGACAAGCUGGCCACUGUCAAGGCCAAAAUUGCUCGCCUCAACGAGAACCUGGGCAAGCUGACAGCCAGGUUUGAGAAGGCCACGUCAGACAAAGUCCAGUGCCAGCAGGAGGCUGAAGCCACAGCCUGCACCAUCGCCCUCGCCAACCGCCUGGUUGGGGGCCUCGCCUCUGAAAAUGUGAGAUGGGCUGAGGCCGUGAAGGACUUCAAACAGCAGCAGAGCACCUUGUGUGGAGACGUCCUGCUGGUCACAGCCUUCAUCUCCUACCUGGGCUACUUCACCAGGAAAUACCGCCAGGACCUCCUGGAUGGCAUCUGGAGACCCUAUUUGCACCAGUUAGAAGUGCCAAUCCCCGUGACUCCGUGCCUGGAGCCGCUGUCCAUGCUGGCGGACGACGCGGCCGUGGCGGCGUGGCGGAACCAGGGCCUGCCGGCCGACCGCACGUCCACCGAGAACGCCACCAUCCUGAGCAGCUGUGAGCGCUGGCCCCUCAUGGUGGACCCCCAGCUGCAGGGCAGCAAAUGGAUCAAAAGCAGCCACGGAGAAGCGCUGAGGGUGAUCCGGGUGGGGCAGAAGGGGUACCUGGACACUCUGGAACAAGCCCUGGCUGCUGGAGACCUGGUUUUGAUUGAGAACCUGGAGGAAUCCGUGGAUCCAGUGCUGGGGCCGUUACUGGGGCGAGAAACAAUCAAGAAAGGCAGGUACAUCAGGAUUGGGGACAAGGAGUGUGCCUUGCACCCUGCCUUCCGUCUGAUCCUGCACACCAAGCUGGCAAACCCCCACUUCCAGCCCGAGCUGCAGGCCCAGUGCACCCUCAUCAACUUCUCUGUCACCCGCCACGGCCUCGAGGAGCAGCUGCUGGCGGCCGUGGUGCGCCUGGAGAGGCCUGACCUGGAGGAGCUGAAGUCAGAUCUCACAAAGCAGCAGAAUGGAUUCAAGAUCACCUUGAAAACGUUAGAGGACAACUUGCUCUCUCGGCUCUCAUCAGCAUCUGGGAAUUUCCUGGGAGACACAGCGCUGGUGGAGAACUUGGAGACCACUAAAAGGACAGCUGCAGAGAUUGUGGAGAAGGUGCAGCAGUUCAGGGUGACAGAAGCCAGGAUUAACGAGGCCAGGGAGCACUACAGACCUGCAGCCGCCCGUGCUGCCCUGCUCUACUUCACCAUGAACGAGCUCCACACCAUCCACCCCAUGUACCAGUUCUCCCUGAAGGCGUUCCACACGGUGUUCCAGAAGGCCAUCGAGAGGGCAGCUGCUGCCGAGAGCCUGGCGGGGCGGGUGCUGAGCCUCACAGACAGCAUCACCUUCUGCAUCUUCCAGUACACGGCCCAGGGGCUCUUCGAGAGGGACAAACUGACCUUCAGCGCCCAGCUCACCUUCCAGAUACUUCUGAUGAAUAAAGAAAUCGACCCAGCAGAACUGGAUUUCCUGCUCAGAUACCCAGCACAGCCCGGAGUCACAAGCCCUGUGGAGUUCCUGUCUGAUCACUCCUGGGGAGGAAUCAAGGCUCUUUCAUCCAUGGAGGAAUUCAGAAACCUGGAUCGGGAUAUUGAGGGGUCAGCAAAACGAUGGAAGAAGUUUGUUGAGUCUGAGUGUCCUGAGAAGGAGAGGUUCCCCCAGGACUGGAAGAACAAGUCAGCCCUGCAGCGCCUGUGCAUCAUGAGAGCCCUGCGGCCCAACCGCGUCUCCUGCGCCGUCAGAGAUUUUGUAGAAGAAAAGCUGGGCAGCAAAUACGUGGUGGGGAGACCCCUGGAUUUUGCAACGACCUUUGAGGAAUCAGGGCCUGCAACCCCGAUGUUUUUUAUCCUGUCCCCAGGAGUGGACCCACUGAAGGAUGUGGAGAAACAUGGGAAGAAGCUGGGCUACACCUUUAACCACGGGAACCUGCACAACGUCUCCCUUGGGCAAGGCCAGGAGGUGGUGGCUGAAGGAGCCCUGGAUGUGGCUGCACAGGAGGGGCACUGGGUCAUCCUUCAGAACAUCCACCUGGUGGCCAAGUGGCUGAGCUCUCUGGAGAAGAAGCUGGAGCAGCACAGCCAGGGCAGCCACCGGGAUUUCCGCGUGUUCGUGAGCGCGGAGCCGGCGCCGUGCCCGGAGAGCCACAUCAUCCCCCAGGGCAUCCUGGAAAACUCCAUCAAAAUCACCAGCGAGGCCCCCACGGGGAUGCACGCCAACCUGCACAAGGCCCUGGACAACUUCAGCCAGGACACCCUGGAGAUGUGCAGCCAGGAGAAGGAGUUCAGGAGCAUCCUCUUCACCCUCUGCUAUUUCCACGCGGUGGUGGCGGAACGGCGCAAGUUCGGCCCCCAGGGCUGGAACCGCCCGUACCCCUUCAGCACCGGCGACCUCACCAUCUCUGUCAACGUCCUCUACAACUACCUGGAGGCCAGCUCCAAGGUCCCCUACGAUGACCUGCGCUACCUCGUGGGUGAGAUCAUGUACGGAGGUCACAUCACGGAUGACUGGGACAGGCGGCUCUGCAGAACCUACCUGGAAGAGUUUAUUAAGCCAGAAAUGAUGGAGGGAGAGCUCUGCCUCGCUCCUGGGUUUCCCCUCCCAGGGAACAUGGAUUAUAAUGGCUAUCACCAGUACAUAGACGAUGCUCUGCCUCCAGAGUCUCCCUACCUGUACGGCCUCCACCCCAACGCUGAGAUCGGGUUCCUCACGCAGCGCUCGGAGCGGCUCCUGCGCACGGUGCUGGAGCUGCAGCCCCGGGACAGCAGCACAGGACCAGGAGCAGUGGGGAGCCAGGAGGAGAUGGUGCAGGCCCUUCUGGAAGAGAUGUUGGAGAAGCUGACGGAUGAGUUCAACAUGGCAGAGCUGAUGGCGAAGGUGGAGGAGAGGACACCCUAUGCUGUGGUUGCUCUGCAGGAGUGUGAGCGCAUGAACGUCCUCACCGCCGAAAUCCGGCGCUCGCUGCUGGAGCUGGAGCUGGGGCUGAAGGGGGAACUGACCAUGACCAGCGACAUGGAGGCCUUGCAGAACUCCCUCUUCUUGGACACGGUGCCCGAAUCCUGGCUGAAGAGAUCUUACCCCUCCACGGCCAGCCUGGGCUCGUGGUUUGCUGACCUCCUGGCCCGCAUCAGCGAGCUCGAAGCCUGGACCAGGGACUUCUCCUUACCCUCCACGCUGUGGCUUGGAGGGUUCUUCAACCCGCAGUCCAUCCUGACGGCCGUCAUGCAGAGCACGGCCCGCAAGAACAAGUGGCCCCUGGACAAGAUGACAUUGCAGUGUGACGUGACAAAGAAGAGCAGAGAGGAUUUUGCCAGUGCUCCUCGUGAAGGAGCCUAUGUCCACGGUCUGUUCAUGGAGGGAGCACGCUGGGACACUCAGGCCGGGACAAUCACGGACGCCAGGCUCAAGGAGCUCACCUCAGCCAUGCCUGUCGUGUUCAUCAAGGCCAUUCCUGACGACAAGCAGGACACCCGGGGCUUGUACCCGUGUCCUCUGUACAAAACACGCCAGAGAGGACCAACCUAUGUGUGGACUUUUAACCUCAAAACGAAGGAAAGCCCCUCCAAGUGGGUGCUGGCUGGUGUGGCCUUGCUGCUGCAGACCUAAGGCCUGGUCUGCAAAUCCCUCACAAUGAUUUUGCCACACAAUUUAAACAAUUAAACGCUGAGAUUAACCCAAGUUAGGUUCCCAGGACUGUCCCUGUGUCCUGGGGCUGUGACCCAGGCAGGGGCUGUGAGGAGGUGACAGAGGGACACAGGCCAGGUUCCUGGCUGUAAAUCAAUAUCCUGUCAUUCCUACAUGGCUGCACUGGAAGAUCCCAGCCCAGAGCCUGAUAUACCACACCCAGAGAGUGCUAAACUCAAAUCUAACCUUUAUUUCUCUUCAUCAUCCAAAGUAGUUUUAAAAUCAGUAGUUUAAAAUCAGUAGCCUUCUCCAAAGCACUUGAAUAGUCCAGUGACUUGUGAAAUUCUCCAGGAUUUAUUCAGAAUCCUUUCCCUCAGUGAGUGUUUCUUUGUCACUUGUGUAAUGUUGAAAGCUGGGAGGUGAGCAGAUAUUGUGGUUAUAAACUGUGCCUUGCUAACACUCCUGUAAAUCUUAGAAACAUUGAAAAUGGUGUUAAUAUCCAGUGUGCUUAAUGGAAUCAAUAGUGAAGGUACAGCACAGGGGUGAUUUAAGAGGAAUAUGUUGUGAUGAUAGAUAUUUACUGAUACAAGGAAUUGUUCCUGGGUAGUCUCUGGAAGCUGCAGGUUUACUCAGGGUGAGGAGAGCACUGGGAGUUUCAUUCCCACUGGAAUGGGACAGCAGUGAGAAGUGAAGUGUUCCUGGUGCAGAGAGCACAGAGUGGGUGCUGUGUCACAUCUGGGAAUUCCAAACACAGAAAACUCUCAAGGUCUUGUAAAUACAAACUCAGAUACACACAUGGACACAGGGUUUGACUUGAGGCCUUGCAGAAAGCUUCCAGACUUAGAAUCAUAAGAAUAUGAGUUUAAAUAGAGUUUAUUGAGUUUAAAUAGAGUUAAAUAAAUAGAGUUUAUUUAUGAGUUUAAAUCAGGUUAGGUUGUAGAAAAUUUUAAGGUUUUAAAGUUAAGAUAUAGAAGUGAUAAAGAUAAGAAGUUUAAGGUAUAACAAGUAGUUUUGUGUGUCAUAUGAUUGGUUAAGAAAGUCCACACUGCGACAAAGAUGUAUAAAACAAAAUAAUUAACUAUUGGUGUAAAAGUAAAAACAUUCUUUUGUGACAUUAGUUUAUUGUCAAAUAAAAGACCUUGUGACCUGC